AUGAGAAUACCUGAGUGUGUCCCUAGUGAGCUACCGAAUGGGGGCGAUAUUUUAUUCGAGUUGGCAAAGCGAAGAGAUGAACGGGUUUACAGCCUUUUGGAACAAGACGGACGUCUACUAAACUGUCGUGACGGAAAUGGAAACAGCCUACUUCACUGGUCAGUCUUCUUAAAUGACACAUACCUGACGUGCUACUUGAUCAAGAAGGGGGCGGACGUAAACGCCAAGGCGCACAACGCGCAGACGCCGCUUUUCUGGGCAGUCUCCGGAAGCAACCUUUACAUGAUUCACCUGCUGAGGAAGCACGGGGGAGACAUAUUUCAAAUCGACGACAAGGGUUACAGUUGCUUAACCAUAAGCACUCAAUAUGGGAACGUCUUAUGCUUCCUCUAUUUAAUCCAUUUGGGGGCAUCAUUGACACAUAGAGACCUGAACAGCUGCUCCGUCGUUGACUGGGCAGCAUACAACAACAAUAUAUUUUUCCUUCGGCUGCUGUCGAGAGUUUCUCCUAACUUAUUCUCCAUCAAUCUCAAGAAUCCUGCGUCCACUCUGCACAAGGCCAUCAUUGGGAAUGCAUACGACGCGGUGGUCUUCCUGGUGCUCCACGGUCACCAGAAUGUGCACGACAUUGCCACGGAGGAAAACAAAACCGCUACCCAGUUUGUCGAAGAACAUAAAGAUAAUGUGGACAGAAGAAUCUACGAGUUUGUCACUUGCAGGAAGGUGCAGAAGCUGUGCAGGAGGCGAGGCAAGAAAGAGGAUCCGACUUUGUAUGAGCCCAGUGGGACGAUCGGUCCCUACGCGAUUUCGAGAAGGAAAAAGCUCUCCACCCUGCGCAAGAUCCGCGAUGUGUUCACCCAGAACAAGACCCUGCUACUCUACCCCGCCAUGAUCAUCCUAUCGCAUGUGUACAUGUCCUUGAUACACUUUUUUUACACUAGAGGGGCGUUCCUGGGGGAGAUCCCCCUGUGGGACGCCGCCCACCCAGUGCUACUCGUGCUUUACUACAUGGUCGUUUCGAGCGACCCUGGCUAUUUAGAGGGCGAGGGAGGAAGUGCCCCAUGCGAUAUGAAAGGGGAUAAAAAGGACCCAUCGCACCCCCCCGAAGUGGACACCACCAGAAGCACAAAUUUGACUUUUCAAAAAAUUAUACAAAAUGUGAAAGAAGAAAUAAAAUCGUAUGAAGAAAAAAAUAAAUUAAUCUCAUUUUGCGAAAAGGUAAAAUGGGAAAACAUCAGCCAAGUGAAAAAUAGUUUGCAGAUAAAGUUGGAUGCACAGGGAUUCGAAGUAACCUCAUUUGACGUGAAGAAGUUGUGUCCUAGUUGCUUCCUCUUUAAGAACUUACGAUCGAAGCAUUGUCGUUUCUGUGGAAAGUGUAUUGAUAUAUAUGACCAUCACUGCAUAUUUACGCUAAACUGUAUGAGUGUAGACAACGCAAAGGUCUUUUUAAUAUGGAUCGUAUCAAAUCUUUUAUUUCAUUUUUGGAAAAUAUACCUACAUAUGUCUCUGUUUAUGAGGCUGAAUUUUUCAUCUUCUCGAUUGCUUUUCCGAGGAGUCACGCUAUCGGUAGUCCUGAUGAGUACGCUGCACUUAUACUUCAUGGGGGUCAUUUUCCUAAGGUCGAUGCUAAACAUUUUAGAGAAUAUCACAUCCAAUGAGAAGUUUAAAAUGUAUUCCUCCAAUACUUUUUUUUUGUACGAGUUGAAGAAAGACAAGAAUAAUGAACCCGUUGUCAUCCGCAGAUUCAAGAACCCGUUUGACCGAGGGGCGCUUUUUAAUUUGAUUCACUUUUUUACAAAGUCUAAAGAUCAUUUGUCCAGCCCGGAGAGACAAUUCAUUCGUGUGGACGAGAGUGUGCAGAGCGCGCCGGUGAGGGCCUUCGUGGAGAAACUGAAUGUGGAGCUCCGUCGGGUUUAUGCCAAGCGGUGA